AGAGAGAGAGAGAGGAUUUGUGGCAUGUAGUUUGUCAGCUGUGAUUAGCAGGGAUCUCACACACACAAAGUGGUAAUCUCGCACUUGGAAAGCAGUGGACACACAGUCGAGCAUGUGCGCGUGUUGUUGUUGCGUUAGCCACUGACUGGUAAUGGAAUGGUCGCCUCAUUUGGGAUGGUCAUGGACUGGUUUAACCCAAGCGCAGCUCUCCCUCCCAUGUUUUCUUUCCUCCCGCGAUCCCUCCCUUGCUCUUGUUUUUCCUCUCUUUCAUUAUCCCUCCUUUCUGCCUUCAUCUGCGCGGCGUUAACCCCGCCGGGCUGACUCUUAUGCAACAGUCAGGUGACACUCGAGACGGGUUCUUCUCAAGCAAGGGCGCUGAGAUCUGCUAAAGAUGAGUAGUGGCGGGGGGCACGCCACCCCCGAGCCCGCCAGGGGGCCCGAGUCCCACAAAAGGAAGGACUGCCCGUCAGACAUGCUCGGGCCCAGUCCCAAGCGGAGCACGGAGCGGCGAAACCGCGAGCAAGAGAACAAAUACAUCGAGGAGCUGGCCGAGCUCAUCUUCGCCAACAUCAACGACAUGGACGACCUCAACGUCAAGCCCGACAAGUGCGCCAUCCUCAAAGAGACGGUCAAGCAGAUCCGACGCAUCAAAGAGCAUGAAAAAGCUCCGGUGGCCGACGCGGAGGAGGUGCAGAAGGCCGACAUCUCUUCCACCGGGCACGGUGUCAUCGAUAAGGACACUCUGGGACCCAUGAUGCUGGAGGCUCUGGACGGCUUCUUCUUCGUGGUGAACAUGGAGGGCAACGUGGUGUUCGUGUCGGAGAACGUCAGCCAGUAUUUGCGCUACCAGCAGGAGGAGCUGAUGAACACCAGCGUGUACAGCGUCCUGCACGUUGGUGACCACGCCGAGUUCGUCAAGAACCUGCUGCCCAAAAGCCUCGUCAAUCACCACGGCGGCGACCCAUCGAGCAGGAACAGCCACACGUUCACCUGCCGCAUGCUGGUCAAGCCGGCGGCGGACGGCGACGAGGACGCCUGGCAGGCGCCCGAUCAUCGGGAAGCCUCGCAGCAGAAGUACGAAACCAUGCAGUGCUUUACCGUCUCUGAGCCCAAGUCCAUGAGGGAGGAGGGCGAAGAUCUGCAGUCGUGUCUCAUCUGCGUAGCCAGAAGAGUUCCGGUAAAGGAGCGAGCAGCCAUGUCGUCGUACGAGAGCUUCACCACACGCCAGGACCUUCAAGGUAAGAUCACGUCACUGGACACUAGCCUGCUGCGGGCAUCCAUGAAGCCGGGGUGGGAGGACCUGGUCCGUCGCUGCAUCCAGAGGUUCCACGUGCAAAAUGACGGCGACAUCUCCUUUGCCAAGAGACACCAGCAAGACGUGUUGAGGAAUGGCCACGCGCUUAGCCCACUCUACCGAUUCUCGCUGUCCGAUGGUACUGCGGUGUCGGCGCACACCAAAAGCAAACUGGUCCGCUCACCCGCCACCAAUGAGCCGCAGCUCUACCUGUCCCUGCACAUCCUGCAGAGGGAAAACAUGGGCACGAUACCUCUGGAGAUGCCCACCAGCCUGGGCUUGUCUAAGCCCAGCGACUCCCUGGACGCCACCGUCACCCGGAACCACUUCGCCAUGUCUUCGUGUGGCUUCGCAAGCCGAGAUGCCACGCCACAGGCCAACGGCCACAAACCCAGCAGCCCCUCGGCCCAGGGAAGCCCCAGCGUCACGUCCGGAGGACAGGGGGCCAUUUUGUCCCCUCGCCAUCAUCACAGCCCCGGAAUGGAGCCUGGUUCUUUCUCACCGGGUGGUGGACUCCAGUCCCCAGUAUCCAUCUGCAGUAGCUCAAACAACUGUGGUUUAAACCCACUGGGAUCCCUUCAGGCUCUCAGCCAGGGCCACAGGGCUUCCGAAUCCCCUGAUGGAAAACCCGCUGCCAUCAACAGCCCUCUUCCCAGCACCCAGGAAAAGGACCACCCUGACUUGGAAGCUGACUUGCUGGGAACUUUUGGGGAGCAUCAGGACUCGUCCCAAAAAAAGGAGGGCGAGCCGGACCAGAAUAACGAUGAAGAUCCAGACAGCUCGGACGAGCCGGACCACCUUCUGAGCACCAAAGGCCAUACACAGCUCCUGCAGCUUCUCACCACCAAGCUGGAAUCCCCAGACCCCUGCUCAUCUCUCGGGGCCCUGGCGGACGAACAGUUGGCGGGCGUCGGUGCCUGUUUAGGGGUGGCGCACACCAACCACUCGGCAUCACUGAAGGAAAAACACAAAAUCCUGCACAGGCUGCUUCAGAACAGCAGCUCGCCGGUGGAGUUGGCCAAGCUCACCGCCGAGGCCACGGGAAAGGAGCCUGUCGGGGGUGAGUCGGCGGGUGACGGUGGCGAAAACGCGUCCGCCCUAGCAGAGUUGGGUGUCAAGCAGGAGCCGGAGAGCCCCAAGAAGAAGGACAAUGUGCUGUUGCGCUACCUGCUGGACCGUGACGACAACGGCUUCCUGGACAAAGCCAUCGAGAUGGAGACAGGCGACGGUGCCAAGAUGGAUGCUAUCAAGACAGAGAAAGAGGACCCCGCUUUCAACAUGGCUGACCAGACCAGCGAGCUGGAGGAUCUUCUGGACGACCUGCAGGGCAGUGCCCAUCAUCAUCAUCAUCAGCAUCAACAACAUCAUCAUCAGUUGUUCCCCCGACCGCCGUCUCUAUCCAGAGGAGUUCCAGCGUCCUCCUCUUCAUCCUCCUCCUCUUCCUCCUCGGCGGCACCCCCCGGCUUCUCCGCGGACAAGCAGAACAUCAUCGGCGACAUCCUGCACAUGAUGGACGGCGCCCACGGGGACCACGGUAGCCCACCCCCCCAGCACCGAGCCUUCCCUGCCAUCAGCCCUGCAGCUCCCGUAGGCGGCGCCAGGCCUGGCCAACCAGCUCGAGGGACGCCGCUCGGUAGGAGCCUAUCACAGGAUGGCAUCGCUGCCAGGCCCCUCGCCCCGCAGCACAGUAACAUCAUCAACAACCCCUAUUCGUUACUACAGCAGCAGCAAGGCAUGAUGGGAAACCACGUGGCAGCAGCCAACAAUCACACGGGCAUGUUGGCCAGUGCCACGGGGCCGGGCCCCCUGCAGCCCGGCUGGGGCUCCCAGGGGCCCGCGGGAGGCCCCCUGGCGCCGUCCAUGGGCCAGGGAUUUCGGGCGGCUCGUGUGAUCCCCAGCAUCCAUGGUGCCGCUCCCACCAGGGGGGCGCCGCCAUCCCGACCUCUGGUCAACAUGCACAUGAUGGCAGGCGAGAUGGAGUUGCCUAACUCCGCUUACCCUCAGCAGCACCCACCACCUAAUCAGACGGCCCCUUGGCCAGACAGGAUGAUGAUGGACCACUAUGGAAACCAAAACAGGUCCCUGUACAGGGUCCCCCAGGAGGACGGGAUGGGGUGCUGCGGGGCGGCACCCGAGGGCCCGGCGGCGGACGAGGGGGCGCUCCUUAGCCAGCUGUGCUCUGUUCUCAAGGACUACGAGGGCCUGGAGGAACUCGACAAGAUGCUCGGGAUCCCCACGCUGGCCGGACAGGGUCCCGUGUCUGACCAGGACCAGCUUUUCGGUCCGUCGGACCCGAUGGCGACCAUGAAGCCCCCCGUGUACAGUCAGCACUACGCCGCCCAGUCGGGCUACGGCGGCCUGCCCCCGGACGCCUCCUUCCUCUGCCCCUCCAUGGGCGGCGGCCACAUGGGGCAGCAGAGGGUGGCUGGCUACCCCCCCAUGAUGAGGAUGCCCGGGGCGCAGGGACACCGGCCAAGCGGUAUCCGGCCCGGAGGGGCCAACCCCGCGCUGCCUCCACAGCCCAACAACCUGAGGCUACAGCUCCAGCACAGACUGCAGACGCAACUGAACCGUCAGCCAAUCAUGAACCAGAUGACUGGCGUGUCCAGUAUGAAUCUACCUCUCAGGUCCAACCUUCCCAACCAGGGCUCGUUCAACGCUCAGAUGUUGGCCCAGCGUCAGCGCGAGUAUCUCAGCAACCACCUGCGACAACGUCAACAACAACAACAACAACAUCAUCAGCACGGAGCCAUGAUGGCUGCCAACAUGCCUCCCAACAUCGCUGCCGCGGGGGGCCCCUCCAUGAGCGGGUCCCAUCCGCGUCUGUCUCAAAGCAGCGCACAACACUUCACCUACGCAGCACCCAGCUACGGGAUGAGCCAGCAUCACCAUCAUCAAGACUCGGCAUCCAUGUUGGCCUGUUCUUCAGGGACGCCGCCCAGCGCCAUGUUGUCGCCCAGGAUGGCAGCGGCCCACGGCCAAAUGCAGGGAGGGGCGGCGCCCGCCUACCCCAUAGCCACCCCCGCCCCCGCCACCGGGGGCGCCGACCUCAACGCAUGGAUGCAGACGGCCAACAACGCGUACCAACAGCAGGCUCCGUUCUCCAGCGGCGGCAUGUACAACAACAACAACAACGUGAACAUCAACAUGAGCAGCAGAGGAGCAAACAUCAACAACAUGUCGGCGCACAUCAAUGCUAUGCACACGGAACAGGUGGGUGAUGGCAGUCUGAUCCUGGAUCAGCUGGCGGGAAUGGACAUGCUCACGCAAGAAGGAGACGUCAACUCUAACUUCUGCUGACACAGUUGGACUUGUGACAAGUCGGAACGCUGCCUCACUCCUUUUCCCCCCCAAAAAAUCCCUUUAUUGAGUGUCGGAAGAGGAAAUACACUCAAAUCACCAAAAUACAAACAAACCUCAUAUUUCAAGUCCUUGGUGGUCCAGUACAAACGCUGGAAUACAUUUUGCUGACAGCUAGAUGCAACAACAACAACAACAAUAUUGUAGCUUUCGUACUCUGUGAGCAAAACAUUUUUACUCUUGUUUUGAUAUAUUUCAAUUUGAAAGCCUCACUGAAGCUGUCAUACACACUGAGGAGUAUUUUCUAGCUAUUUCUUCAUUUGAAGUAGCAAUAUAAAGGUUUAUCUUCGAUAUUGUUCCAAAUUGUACAUUUCAAAAUAUUCCAACUGCUGUCAUUUUUCAAUACAGGUUUAUGUACAGUAAAUAGGAAAUAAUCUUGUUUAUUGCCUCAAGUGGUAUUAUAAUGCAGCGAUGUAGACUUCUUUGAAGCCAACAAACAAACGAUUCAACCUCAUUGCAUAGUUGGCCCAAGCCUACACGAGGCCCGAAGCAAAAUUAUUUGAAUUAGGGGCCCUCUGUUUCUGCCAAUAAUAUUGCUUAUUGAUCAUUCAAGAGCAGACUGAGGUUGAUUUAUGCAACAUUCCAAGUAAUGAAGCACUAAAUGGGUUACUGAAUAUCAUAUAGAGUAGGCUUAUUUCAAGUCACAAAUAUAAACCAGUAUACUAUGCAUUUAUUUUUAAAGUUUCUCCUGGUUUUCUAUUUUUUUUUUAAACGCAACUGCAACAUGCAAAAACUAUACGCAUUAUUAGUAUUAUUAUUAUAUUAUUAUUAUUAUUAUUAUUACAAUUAUGUUUUUUGACUGAACCCCCCUGCUUAUUUGCAUUUAUAAAAAUAAAAUAAAAUAAAAAAAGAUUUUUGCUAUUCACGGUCAGUUCCUUGCGGCGGUCCUGUAAUGAUAUAAUUGAAGAGAGUUACCCUAAACAAGGUGACAAAAACGUUUUUUUAAGAAAAGUAGAAUAAUUAGGUCAUCAAACUAUGUAAAAAUGUGCAAAAGUAUUAUUUUAAAAAUAAAGUAAAAUCCACCCUUAGCCAAACAUCAAACUUUUCCCACCUGCAUAUUUGCUGAUUUUGUUUUUUUCAUUUAUAUUUUACAUCUUGGUGUCGAGGAACUAUAUGUUGUAGUGAAUUGAGGAGGUUCAUGUGGUGCUUUGCCCCCGUCUUGUGGCACUUGUAGCCAAUUUGAAACCUUUUUGUCAAUUGCUCACAGAUUUUCGCUAUUUGCUGCUGGGCUCGGUCCUAUCCUGCUCAAAUAGUGGGAGAAAAAUCUGUUCCGGUCAAUACUCCCGGUUGACUGUUAAUUACUUUUUGGGGGGCACCUAGUGGUCUCGGGGCCCUAAGUAGGUGCUUACGAAGUAUCGCAUUAAGUAUCGCAUUUGUAUGUAUUUCUAUAAAUUGACGGUACACGUUUUGACACCAAAUACAAAGCUAAUUUUGUCGUAUCAUCAGCCUUAACUGUCUUAGAUGCUAACGUUAGCAUUAAUGAAUUAGCAUUUUAAUCAAAGAGCAGCUUAAAGGGAUACAAAUCAGGUUGCAAUGAAUACAUGAGAAAAAGAAAAACAACUGAGAUGAGUCUUAACAUGACAAAACAAGUUUUUGCAUUUUACCUCGCUGGCUAGUUAGCAAGCUAGCACGCAAAUUAGCCACUGUGUACUGGAGUGGGCUAACUCCCUUUUGCAGGAGAAUGUUUUAAAAUUUUGAGUUACUGUCAUUAUCUUCACUUUCAUAGGUGGGAUCUUGGUUGCCUGAAAGAAAAGAUACAACAACAACAAAAAGAUCGGUACAACGGUGGUCUAAGUCCAAACAUCUUUCAAAGCUAUCAAUAUUUCAUGAAAGAUGAUAAAUAACAUUCAGUCAUACUUAAAGCACUACAUUUAAUGAGUCUUCUAUCAAUAUAUAAACCUUACUUUCUGGGAUGUUGGCCCAGUGUUGCGCUGAUGACUCAGAAAAAGUGCUGAGUCUAAGAAUGGACUGCCCCGUAUAUGUCAAAAUUGGAACCAAACCUUGAUUUAGACCAGCGUUCAUCGGAAAGAUUUGCCUUUUCCUCUAUUAAUUUUCACACUUAACAUUGACAAUAAUGGCUUUAGCCCACUCUAGUUGCCAGUGGCUUGUAUAUGAGUGCUUUGGACAAAACGUUGAUCUUACAGAUAAACAACCAAAGGUAUUUGACAUUUUUCAGAACUGGAACUUUUAAGAAUUGACAAAAUGUGUUUUAAGUUGACUUUUUGACGAUAUUUUGGUUUGAAUUAGCCCACUGUAGUGCUCAGAGGCUUGAUUUUGUUUGAGUGCUUUGUACAAAACAGCAAGAUCGAUGUCAGAUAAACAACCAAAGUCAUUUGGAAUUUUACACAACGGCAACGUUUGAGAAUCGACAAAAUGUGUUUGAAGUCGACUUUCCAACGAUAUUUUAGUCGUUUCCUUCUUCUUCUACUGAUGGUCCUAAAAUGAUUUAGCCUAAACUUGAAAGAAGACACACUGAAAUGAAUGAUUGAUUCUUCCUUGUGAAUGAUGGAGAAUUUGCUUUACUUUUGGUCGUUUAAGCCCAAAGACGUGACGAGGAAAAGCCAUUCAAAUGUUCUGAAUGUCACUUUUCAGCCUCUCUCUGGCUGACAUAUUCAUACAUAUAUAUUAAUAUAUAGAGUAUAUUAUACACAAGACUUUUCUUACUUAAUAGACGGCUAUUUUUAUGGGUGCAGAAUACUGUGUGUUCCAUGCAAGUACCUUUCUUGAUAAUAAUGCCUUAGAAGUCCCAUUCAAUGUUAUUUUUUGUUUUAUGCGACAUUUAUGGAUGUUUUACUGCUCAACGGACGUCUUUUCUCUCCUAGAUGAUUUUAUAUCGUUUACGAUAUGAUUUCACCAAUUAACAUUUUAAAUAAUGAAUGUAAAAUCCAGAAUGAAAUAUUAGAUUAUACUUUCAAUUGUUUCCCCAUUUGAUUCUGAAGACUAGAGUUUAAAAUGUUGUUUCUUCUUUGGUUUGUGCAGCAGAAAGACAUUUAGUGUGUUUUUUAAAAGGUACAAGCUGUUAAAGAUGAUAAUAAUAUAAUAAUAUAAAUCUUUUAAUGUUGUCAGAAAGUUAAAUAAAGCUAAAACUGGAUGCAAAAGUUGUGGACGCUGAAGCUGCUUUGGUUUUGUCGCCGCCGCUGCUCGUUAAUUUAUGAUUGAUGCCACUGUAAAUAAAUAAUUUUUAUUCACACAC